AUGCGUGUAGUACCCACCGAAAAGAAAAAAGUACAAUUAAUUCCUGAAGCCAUUGUUUGUCAUAUCGACGAAAGUACCUUGUUUGAAAAUAAUAAGGGAUAUUCAGAGAAAUUAACAGAGAAUAUGAAGAAGGAUUUCGCCGAUUUUGAAUAUUUCAGUUAUCGUUUAGAGGAAGUAUUUGGACCUGAAUUCACAAGCAGUGGAGAAUUCAAUAAGAUUUUGAAGUCCACUUCAGGUGGUGUUGAAAAUGGUGAAUACGAACACUUUGUACAGUGCGUACAAUCGAAUUCGAAUCGUCCUUUAGCAGAGCAAUUACAGGCAUUAUUCAAUAGUAUCAAGAGAACAGCUGCCAAAGAAGAUUUGAUCUGGAAUCUCAAGAUGAAGAUGCUUGUCACCAUCGCUCGCCGUGAAGGUUGCUCGUUUAUUUUUAUGGGAGAUAGUGCCACACGUCAAGCCAUUAAGAUGAUUGCCAUGACCAGUAAAGGUCGUGGUUACACAUUACCCUUGGAUAUCGGUGUGGAUAACGAAUUAAGCUUUAAAGAUGUCUGUAUCAUGCGACCCAUGAAGGAUAUGCUUUCCAAGGAAAUCGGCUUUUACAACUACUUUAACAAGAUCGAUCGUUACAUUAUGCCUGCCUAUAACUUUAGCACCAUGAUGCCAGCCAAAUCCUCUAUUGAACGCUUAACAGAGGAUUUUAUUGUCAGUAUCGAACGUGAGUUUUCUUCUACAGUCAGUACGAUUUGUCGUACCAUCACAAAGUUGCAACCUUCUGCCACCAUGGACUUAACCAAGACAUGUGCCAUGUGUUUAAUGUAA